UUUUAAUAUGCGAUGUGUCAAAUUUUGUAAUUAAUAUAGUCUAUUUAAAAUAAAUGACGUCCCUUUAAUGUUUAGUGUUAAACUAGUAUAACCUGGUGGGCAUUUUAAAUUAACAGACGCUCAUUAUAAAGUUCACUCAGCUUUCCCAGCAGCCAUGAAGGUGAUAUGUGGCAGCGGCUAUUUAAGCUAGCUUGUACAGCUCAAGGCUGUUGGAAGAUGGUUUUGAAAUCAGGAACACGGUAGAAUUGGUAGGUGGUGACAAGUGACAAAAUCCAGCCUACCCACCUGCCAACCGGCGAGCCUGGCCUUUGUUUACCUGCUCUUCAGGUAGUUUGUAAGCAGGUAAGGUUGGAGGGGCGGGGUCAGGGCCUCACACGGGAUAGGAGAGAUGCCUGUGGAGGGCGGAAGCAGCAGCGGCUCGGCUUCGGCCGCACGUCACCCCAAGCAGAAGCGCAAAGCACACAGUUUGUCCAUCCGGCGCACCAAUAGCACAGACAUGCUGGAGGGACAGGACUCCAAGCUGCCCCUCGCUUUGCGGAGCAACCUCCUUGACCUGUUUGGACAGAUCGAACGGGAGUUUGAGAAUCUGUACAUUGAAAACCUUGAGUUGCGCCGGGAAAUCGACUCUCUCAACGAGCGUCUGGCUGGAGAUGGACAGGCCAUCGAGGGGGGAGACCCCACCAAGGGAGCCCUCAAAGCCAAAGCCAGCCACAGCACCAGUCAGCUGUCACAGAAGCUGAAGACAACCUACAAAGCCUCCACCAGCAAGCGCUUGUACGCUUUCCAGGACAAAAUAGGCGGAGCUCGCAACUUCAGCGUGCCCACCUGGGAGUUGUGGGGCGGAGAUUCAUGGAUCGUCUCCAGCUUCAAAGCCACCGCCGGCUCCCGGGCCCUGUGCCAGCUGCUCAAGGAAUACGUCGGCCACCGGGACGGCAUCUGGGACCUCAGCGUCACCCGGACUCAGCCCGUGGUGCUCGGCACCGCCUCUGCCGAUCACUCAGCUCUGCUGUGGAGCAUAGAGACGGGGAAAUGUCUGCUGAGGUAUGCAGGCCAUGCAGGAUCAGUCAACUCCAUCAAAUUCCACCCCACCGAGCAGAUGGCACUCACAGCCUCCGGAGACCAGACGGCUCACAUCUGGCGCUACAUGGUGCAGCUCCCGGCGCCGCAGCCGCCGCCAGAUGUCGGCGCUCCAUGCGACGACGACCAGGAUUCAUCCGACAGAGAAGAGGGCGAGGUGGACGGAGACGGUCCCACUGAGGUCCCCACGGUCCGAGUUGCCACAGCAACCCUGAAGAGCCACCAGGGGGUGGUGAUCGCGGCCGACUGGCUGGUGGGGGGCCGACAGGUGGUGACGGCUUCGUGGGACCGCGCCGCCAACCUGUACGAGGUGGAGACGUCCGAACUGGUUCACACUCUGACCGGCCAUGACCAGGAGCUGACCCACUGCUGCACCCACCCCACCCAGCGCCUGGUGGUCACCUCAUCCAGGGACACCACCUUUAGACUGUGGGAUUUCAGGGACCCGUCCAUCCACUCUGUUAACGUCUUCCAGGGACACACAGACACUGUGACGUCCGCCGUCUUCACGGUGGGGGACAACGUCGUCUCGGGAAGCGACGACCGCACCGUGAAGGUGUGGGACCUGAAGAACAUGCGGUCGCCCAUAGCAACCAUCCGCACCGACUCGGCUGUCAACAGGAUAAGCGUCUCGGCCAACCAGAGGAUCGUCGCCCUGCCGCACGACAAUCGACAAGUCCGCCUGUUCGACAUGAGCGGCGUGAGGCUGGCCCGGCUUCCACGGAGCAACCGGAUGGGUCACAGGCGGAUGGUGUGCUGCACGGCGUGGAACGAGGAGAACCAGGCGUGCAACUUGUUCACCUGCGGCUUCGACCGGCAGGCCAUCGGCUGGAACAUCAACAUCCCCGCCCUGCUGCAGGAGAAGUGACCCAUCCAGACCCCGCCCAUUUUUAUUUUUUUUUAUUUAGCAUGGACUGUGAUUUGUGCCAUUUCUGUGUGGAAGUACAUUUUCGUUUUUUUGUGUGUGUGCAGGCGGCUGCCUUUUUUUUUUUUUUUUGCCAAAUAGCUUCUCCUGCAUGCUAGACGAUCUCGGUUUGCAGACGUUGCUUCAAAAGCAGUCGGAGAACAAUCUGUAGAGUAUGUAUAUAAGGUGAUGUGGCCUGAUUCAGUGUCUUUGACGCCUUCUGGGAGGUGCAUUUUGUAAAAUAUGGCAGAGCUUUGAGAUGUCUUUACCCUUCCAGAGCGUUUCCUGUCACAGAACCAAACAUAUCGCGACGUAGGUCUGCCGCGUCUUAAAACGGAGAGCUCAGCAGACGGAGAUCCGGACCCCCGCCUCCUCUCUUCAGUUCAUGAUUAGCCUUCGUGUUUCCAGAUCUCACUUUCUGUUACUUGCCUUGUUCUAUGUUUACGUAGGAGAUUUCUAUUUUUUAUUUUUUAAUAUAUAGACGGAAGUUUAUUCUGGCAGGACAAAGAGGUGUUGAAGAGCGAAGCAAUGAUGGGGAAACGACGGCAUUUAACCACAAAUCCUCCAGAGUCAUUAGAAAACCCAUCGUGUUGCUGCGCCAGGAGCCCACAUAAGUUUACGUACGGUCAUCAUGCAGUAGAGCAGGAUGAAGGGUUUUUCAAAAACAGCAUUUGGGGGUGCUAGCUUGAAUUUACAGAGACUUUUUAAUGUCGUCUACGCCACAUGGGCAGAUGGAUAGUUACCCGGCACAAACUCUGCAUUGAAGCAGGUCGGGGACAGAGGUUUGACUUGUUUGUACACCAAUCAGCUCUAUCCAGUUAUCGUCUGGUCUGAACACUCGGUUGUAUCCGAGUUGAGCCAAAUCUUCACCAUCAUGUGGAAGGAAAUCAGUCAGAAUGUUGAAGACCCAACGAGGCGCCAGCGCCACCGUCCAGAGGGAUGUCGGUGUUUGAUAUCGGUGACCAUUGACGAUGAAAGGAGCCACAGAUGCUCUCAUAUGAGUCGCAGGUUGAGUUGAAACGUAUUUGGCUUGAGGACUUCACAUUAGUUGAACAGUGGCUUGCUCGAAACAUGGACGCAACUGGGUUUUCACCAAGGCAACGAUCCCAAUCUGUGCUUAAAGCUGCAGUAUAUACCUAUUUAUUAAAAAAAAAAAUAAAUUUUUUAUGUAUUUGUUUAAAUUUUUGCUACGUUGUGAGAGUAUAACACGAGCCAGAUAAUCCGCCUCCUCCCACUGUUUCUACAGCCAACUGCAGCCACCACAACAACCAAUCAGAGCCAGGAGGAGAGUUAGCGCUGUCAGUCAAGCUCAUGUAUGCGCUGCUUAUGUCCUUCCCUAUUGCUCUCUGCUAAACUACAGCAAGUCCCCCCCCAACAUAGCUUGUCAUAAAUGCUAAAGCUAGAUAGCAUUGCUGCUAUGAUAACAGAUAGUUUUCCAGGAACAGUAAAUUAUUUCUUACUGAGCAGCAAAUAGAUGGGGGUGAUUGACAGCGCUGGUUGUUUUUGACCAGGUGCGGUUCAAUUUGCAGAUGGCUAUAAGAGCUUUUCGGAAUUGUUUCCCCCCAGCAUUUUAUUUAUUUAUUAAGAUUAUCUGUCUCGUAUUAUACUGUUGCAAUACUCUUAACAGACUAUUACCAAACCCAACAUAUUUUCUGUAAACUUACAUACUGCUGCUUUAACAGCCAGGCUGAUGCUAGGAAACCAAACGAGCUAAAAUAAUCCGUCAUAAUAAAACAAUAUCUGAUUAUGCCAGAGGGUCGAUUGCUACAAAGACGUGUAGUUCAGGCGCAGCUUUCUUGUGACCAUUAACCAAAUAUUUUGCUCCCUAACAAUACUUCAAAUUCAAACUUCUGCACUCUUGUUAAAAAAAAAAAAAAAAAAAAAAAAAACCCUCACUGAAGUCGGAUGUUGAAUCCUCAACAGCUGAAAAGCACCAAAAUAAAAACAUUCACGCCGAGAGAAUAACGUCACGAUGGCCGUAUGUAAACCUCUGACCUGAACUGGACUCGCUCCUCUUUUUGCCACCUCAGAACUUGUGUUGCCCAAAGUCGUGAGCCCAAAGUGAACCGAUGUUGUUAGUGUGCGCGUGCUUCAGUGGUUUUCAGCUCUGUACUGUGUUGCACCUGUCUGUCUUUAAAACAAGCAAACAAACAAAAAAGAAACAGAAGCAAUACUCAGCUCCUUGAUGUUACUCAUUCACAGAGUGGUGAUGUUUGUUUUAAACCAGGUGACUGUGUCUUUAAAAGACAUUUGGCUUUUGUCGUCAGGGUGCUGUGCUCCACUCAAUUCCAGAAACAUGCUGUAUGUUACAUGUGCAAUGUCCUGAACUGGUCAUGCUGUUUUUUUUAAUUUUAGUUUUUUUAAAUGAUUAUCUCCUUCAGAUGUUUAACUUAUUCCAGUGCUGUAAAACUCCAUAAAACUGCCUGUAUAUGUGACCGGUGUAGAUCCCGUGUGUUCAGAACGCACACACCACUGCUGUUUCCUCCAACAAUAAGAACCAGGAUCACAUUGUAAAGUAGCAUGAACCUGAAAUGUUGGACCUGAAUUAAAAUGCCUUACUACUGCA